AUGUCAGCGCCACCGGGACGCUCGGCUACGGUGACUGCACUCAGUGGGCGCGUGAAUGCGCUCAAGUUUAUGCAACGCGGCUCACCCUCGACCCCCUCGAAAACCUCCUCAGACACGCCUGCCACCGCAUCGACGCCGGCCUCACCGUCUCCAGCUGCAUCUCCCGCACCGUCCCUACCAGGGUCUCCUGCCGGAGCGAUUGGGCAGGACGAGCAGUGGUCUUUGUCGCCUGCUGCUAUUGCCCGAAUCCGGGCCAACGCCAAGACGCCCGCACCAAAAGCCGGACCAGUCAUCUCGCACGAGGCCGGCUUCGAGUCGUGGCUGAUCAAGCAUACUGGCCAGCAGCCUGCUGCGAACCAACGACUCACGUUCGGCAAGAUCGGCAAAACCAACAGCACCGACACCGAGCCGGAAGUUGAGGCCGACGAGUCGCGAGCGUCGGACAAAGACGAGGAGAAGGAGCGAUUCCUCAAGCCUGGAAGCAAGAGAAGUGCACAGACGGAGGGUAAAACGGCAAAAAAGCAACGCAGGAGGGACGAGGAUAAGGUGGUGAUUGCACGCAAGCGCGGGGGCAAGCCGGGCAUCUCGGUGUGGGCGCUGGUGCUGGCAUCGCUGCGCGUCAGUACGGCGUUGCUGCGCGUGGCGGUAUUUGCGAUCGUCUACACGCAUCUACUCUCUCGUCGCGUCGACGCAGAGCUCGUUCUUGGCGCGAUCCUCGUAUGCGGGGCGGUGGGAGCGGUGGUGAGGCGCGGGAGGGAGCCAGCACUAGCCAGCGUGUUGGGCAAGAUGGUGGUGGCACUGGUACUCUUGGCUGUCUCUCCUGUACUGCGGACGCUGACAGAGGCGACGACGAGCGAUACCAUCUGGGCACUUGCGGCGAUGCUAUUCACAGCGCACCUCGUGCUGGCCGACUACGCGGGUGGAAGCGGCAAGCUGCAAGACACGCUCUCGUUCAAUGCGGCCAUCUCGGCCUCGGUCGUGCUGGCUUCGCGGCUCGACGACGAUGUGCAGUCGUUCAGCGUGCUCGCGCUCGCCAUCACACUGUUCGCCCCGCAACAGCAUUCGCCUCGCGACGCCACACGCGUGGCGCACUUCGUAGCGUUCUACUGCGCCGUGCUCGUGGGUGGGUGGGGCACGGUUGUGGUGUGGGUGACGUUGGCGGUGGGAUUUGUAUCGCUCGUGUGUCCGGUGUGGAUGCGGUAUGCGCAGGCGUGGAAGAUGGAGAUCAAGGGUCCGUGGGAUCCGGCGCGGCCGGUGCUGAGUGCUACCAGUCCAGCUUGUUUCCCGCCUCGUCGCGAAGAUCCCCCUCGAGGCUCGCCCACCAUUCGCCCUCGCUGA